UUCAGUUGAUUUAUAUUGCACCAAAAUCACCAGUCAAUAUCAAAUUAACUUGCUCAAAUAAUGAUUACACUUCAUCUAUAUUUCAAUAUCAAGAAGAGAGAGAAAAACCAGUGGUCCAGUUCUCUAGCCACCAAAAAAAUCUAAGGGAUGAAGAAGAUGAGGAGAUAUCACCUAGCAGCGUCUGUCGAACUCCAAAGAGAGAUCUGAGAUGAACUGCUUUUCCAACGAUCCAUACCGAGAGCUUAAAGUCUGUUGUAUCUUCUCGUCAAAACCUUCCCUGAUCUCCGGGAACGAACCUCGCUACUGCAGAUCUCCAAGAAACCCAAUCACUCAUCUUCCAGGCUUCAAUGGCUCACUCCCUUUCUAUCUUGAAACUGGCUAUGUGACCGUCAAUGAAAAGAGCGGUGCAGAGCUCUUCUACUACUUUGUAGAGUCUGAUAGGAAGCCCAAAGAUGAUCCACUCAUCCUUUGGCUUGUUGGUGGCCCUUACUGCUCUGGUUUUAUUGGCUUUGCCUUAGAUAUUGGCCCUCUUAAGUUUAAUGUAAAAGCAUAUGAUGGAACUUUGCCUACUUUAAUUUCAAAUCCUUAUUCAUGGACAAAGAUCUCUAGCAUUAUCUUUUUGGAUUGGCCUGUGGGGACUGGAUUCUCAUUUUCAAGAAGUAUGGUGGAUUAUCACACAGAUGAUGUACAAUCCACAAUGCAAAUCUAUAAGUUCCUUAUAAAGUGGUUGCUUGCUCAUCCGAGUUUUCAAUCAAAUCCUUUUUAUGUUGGUGGCGAUUCAUAUGGAGGGAAGAUGGUUCCUCUACUUGCUCUAGAGAUAGUAGAAGGCAAUGAAGAUUUUCAACAACUCUUUGUAAAUCUCAAAGUAUGUUCUUAAGCCUUUUUCAAAAUGUAAUUAAUAAAAUUUUAAGCUUUUUCUCCUAAUUUCUACAAGGCUAUGAAUAUAACUUAAUCGUUUAUGAUGUUUUUUAGGGUUAUUUAGUUGGCAACCCUGUAACCGGUGAAAGAAUUGACAUCAGUUCUCGAGCUCCUCAUGCUCAUGGAUUGGGAAUAAUUUCACAUGAACUAUUCAAGGUUUCUAUUUUCAUUUUUUUAA